UCCUGGGACACGAUGUCGCCCAAACGUGCGCGUCCACCACUCUUGUUCAUUACCCAGGGUCCCAACACCUUUGGAGCCCAGCCCACGUCGGACGACGCUUUUGCCAUAGCGUCUCAUAUUACCUCUCGUUACAACCGUUGGAGCAAGGUGAACCGCAAAUCGCUGUCGCUUGACUCCACCACCAGGGCCAUCUUAAGCAGAGAGACCUCCUUCAGUCAUCCCAUCCAACCUGGCCGAUCUAAAGAGCCUCAAAUCAAAGACGAAGACGACCAAGGGACAGUCUCAAUUAUCAAUGAUAUCAAUGUGGUCCAGUGGCACGGCUCUGUAAAGGAAGACGAAGAAGAUGGCCAAACGGUAUGUAAACCGUGGACGAUAGCAAGGAGAGAGUUUGAACAGUGGGUUAAUGCUCGUCUUGUGGAACCGGGAACUCAAUUCUUGGACCCCUUUUCCAACAGCAAUUACGAUAGUGAAGUUAGGGCAAGUUUGUACUUCUAUCUCAAAGUCAUCCAACCAUUUGCGACGCACUUGAUCCCGGAUUGGCAGUGGAUAGACAAUUUACCCCAGAUUCAAUCCUCUCCUCUGCUUGCCUAUGCAUUGGCUACCUAUACGACGGUUUUCAAAUCGGGAAUGCUCAAAGGGGGCCCUGGUGUUGUGAUUCCUCCGCUGCCAGCCAGAGGGUCACCGUCGGUCUGGCCUAUUCCUCCGUGGCUACGUUUGCACACUAGAUGCCUUGCGGAGCUGAACGCGCUCUUGAGCCGCAACGCAAGCAUCGUCGACGACUCGUGCUACCAAGCUAUUUUAUUUCUGUACAGACUUUCAGUCCUCCUGGCAGAUGGAGAGACUGGCAGGAUGCAUUAUCAAGCUUUGAGACAAAUAACAGCACUCAAAGGCAUUGAUGAGAGGGUCUUGGAGAAGGAAAUGACAGUGUCGAGAGUCAACAUCAUAGGAUCAUUUCUCCAUCACGAUUCGGUCUUUUUCGUCCGCUAUACGAACGACAAUGACCCAGGACAGUCAAAGGAGGUUGUCGAGCUGGACAGAAAGCUGUGGUCAUGCGAUCGUGAAUGGUAUAGUCACCGUGCAUGUCUGGCCGGGCGAGAGCUCGCAUGGCGUGCUGAAAGUCCGAGCGCCAAUCUCCUUUCCCACAGCGCCAUCGCGAUUCACCGUAUGGACCCCGGAAGUUGGGAACUAACCGAGACCGAAUUUUCAGAGAUCAGGCGUUGUUAUCAGAUCGCCAUCUUCUUCUGGGUUUAUCUUAAUGCCAUCAGCUUCAACACGAGUGCUCCGGUUAUUCGCACAAACGUGGUCGAAUUGAAGGAUCGACUGUGUAAUAUGAAUCUCCAAAUGAUGAGCUCGCGUUGCUAUACGACAUUGUUGAAUGUCUUGAUCGUGGGUACCAAUGCAUCUCGAGGUCAGCCAGAUCGUUGGUGGUUCAUAGACCAAAUCAUCAAGCUAUAUCCACAACUGGAGCACCUCGACAACAUAUUUCAGUCCUUGGCAGAGUUUUAUGACCCGCUUUCGGUCAACUUUAAUGUUCUCGAGGACAUCUGGGACGACAUAUGCCGAGCGAAAAGACGUUCACGGCUCGAGAACACGGUCGAUCACAAAUUUCAAGUACAAGCCACUCGACCAAUCAUGCAUACUCGUCCCACAACAUAUAGACCUGAUCUCACAAAGCGAUACGUCAGGGUCGAAAUCCAUGACGACGGCACCAAUUCAGCAGAGGAAAUGCUUUAUUUAGGGUUUGAAGAUGUUAAAAAAGAUGCCCAUCUAGGCGUGUGACCCAAGUCAGAUUUGAGCAGAGUAAUCUGUGUUCCAAAAGUCGACGACGUCAAAAUCGAAGAGUGUCUCAGAAAACGGAUUGAAUGUUUGCUGGGCCAUGAAUGCUUCCAAGUCGGGUACGGGUGGCUCUGGAUUCAUGUUCAUCCUUGGUGGAGGCAUCGAGUGGUCGGGCUUGGAAGAAGUUUCUGGAGUGUCGACCAUCGACUCGGGAGUCAGCUGAAUGACUUGUCCCAACAUCAGAUUCUCGUGUAGUCUCGCAAUCCGAUCAGCAGUUUGCUGUGCCAAAACCUCUGUCGAUGGCGAUUCCGGCAAGACUUUGCGUGCGAGGCCGGCGGCACUUGACCCAAUCCAAAAUUCAUAGAAACCUUGCCCCAGCCUUCCUAUUCGAG